AUGGAGGAGGAGAAACGCUGCAAGUUUUGGCUUCCCAAAAAGAACCGAUUUUGUGCAAAUUCCCCUCUCAACGAUUCCCAGUUCUGCGGCAACCAUACAGCGAGGUCCAUUGAACAGUGGAUCCCAUGCCCCAUCGACCCUUCUCAUUCUGUUCUAAACCAAAAUCUUGACGGCCAUGUUAAGAGAUGCCCUUUAUUAAAACAAGCUCACUCCUUGUCUCUUCAACCAUUUUAUCAAAAGGGCAUCAAUGCUGGCAAAGAAGAAGAAGAUAGUGUUAGCUCUGAGAUGAAAAGGAGUGCUGUUUAUAGCAUGACUGUGAUUGAAUUUUGUGAGCUUAUUAACAAGAUUGAGUCUCUUCAUGCUUCGAUAUGCAAGGAUAUUUGGGAAUCAUAUAAAGUGCCAGAAGCUUGUAAUAGGUGGAUUAAGAGAGAAGUAGACAGGAAAUUACCGUUUCAAGAGAAACAUGUAGCGCAACAAGCAUCUAUUCUUGGGAAUUUGGAGGACUUUGGAGUGAUAAAGAGUUCAGUAGGAAGUAAAGGCACCGAUAGUCAGGGAUUUUAUGGUGAUAAUAGCAAUUGUGUCCAUGCAGUCGUUGAAUUUGGAGCAGGGAGAGGGUACUUGACACAGAUGCUGGCAGACUGUUAUGGAAUUGACAGGGUCUUUCUGGUUGAGCGCAAGGCAUACAAACUUAAGGCUGAUCGGUCUUUGCGACAGAAGGAAAGCAUGAUAUUAGAGCGUUUGAGGAUUGAUAUUGAGGACUUGAACUUGAAAGCUGUUAAGUCUUUAAGGGGAGUCCCUUAUUUGGCUAUUGGUAAACAUCUCUGUGGGCCUGCAACUGAUUUGACACUGAGAUGUUGCCUGUCUGAGCAAUGGAGUCAAGAUAGUAUGCAAGAUUGCAGGAGCAAUGAUAACCUUAAAGGCCUUGCUAUAGCAACAUGCUGCCAUCAUCUUUGUCAGUGGAAACAUUACACAAACAGAAAGUUCAUGUCCAAUUUGGGGAUCACCAAGGAACAAUUUCACGCAAUGACAUGGUUUACCAGCUGGGCAGUAGAUGCUGAUCAUAGUUCAGAUCUUUCUGAUAUUACUGAUUGCAGAUUGCUUUCACAAUCCACUGAGGAGAAACAAUGUGGUGGGGAUAUAAAUGGAGUUGAAGAUGUUGUGAGGAAUAUGAAAGCUGUUGAAAGGGCCGUGUUGGGUUUUAAGUGUAAGCAGAUCAUCGACGUAGGAAGGGUGAUGUGGGCAAAAGAACAUGGAUUAGACACAGAGUUUGUGAAGUAUGUCCCCUCAAGCAUCUCUCCAGAAAACCAUUUAUUACUUGCUAGACAUACUAAGUGUGUGUAA